GUCGAAGGUGGGCGGCAGUACGACGCGUCGAGCAUUCCUCGUUCCUCUCCUAUCCCCGACCCCGGCUUUAAAGCCCAGUUACAGCUUCGGCUCUAAGCUUCUGCUCUAGUUCCGGCUCUAGCUUCUGUCCCCGGUACCCGAUCGCUGCUCGCUUCGGCUGCCCGCGCGAGCAGAGACUCCGCGAGAAUCCGUGACGUGUAGCUGUAGCGCGUGACAAUUCGGCUGUGCUGCGUGAAGUGCAGAAACUCGAAGGCUUCCGUCGAGCCCCCAAAAUUUGGAAGCGGGAUAAAACGCGCGAAGGAAAGAGAGGACGUAAAGAAAGGACGUUUUCUCGUGGUAGCUAAAUCGGCGAUCGUCUUCGGGGGAAUAGGAAGAUGAGCUGCCAACGUAACGCCGGUAAGAUCACGGUGCCGGACGACCUGCGUGACGUCCUGCUGGAGUUCACAAUCAGCUACUUGCUGGAGCAGCCCGGCGACAUCAUCGACUACGCUGUGGACUUCUUUACGCGGCUACGUGACGCACGGCAUACGCAGCUUAUCCAUACGGAUGGUCAGACCUGCUCGUCCACACCGGAUGAGUCUGUCGAUGAAGAGCCACCAGUCGGCCGAUUUGCUUCCAGAAGGAAGCGGCUUCAAGGUAUAUAUAUAUCACGUGUGUUACUGUUACUAUUCCACGAAUUAUUACGCACGUUCUCGAUAACAAGACCGCACGAAUUUGCUCAAACGACGGCAGAUUUGUUCGUCCCAAAACGUCAUUUGGCCGUUUCUCUUCUCGAUAUGCGUCACAUCACGUUGCCGUCGCUUUUAGACUUUGUAUCAUCAGAUGUUGCAAUAGCUAAUAUUUUUUUCCCAGCAACGAAGGCUUUGGAGAUGGUCCAUCCAAAGAGCGAUGAGCAGCGACAAAGGCUCGGUGAAAGCGUUAAGAACAUACUCCUGUUUCGCGCUCUAGACGAGGAACAAAUGGCGGACGUACUGGACGCAAUGUUCGAAAAAAUCGUUCAACCGGGAGAAUUUAUUAUCCGGCAGGGCGACGAUGGUGACAACUUUUAUGUGAUCGAGAGAGGAAAGUUCGAGGUGUACGUCAAAGAUCUCGCCACAGCAAUAGAGAAUCAUAUUCACACUUACGAUAAUCGUGGUGCUUUCGGAGAAUUGGCUCUUCUGUACAAUAUGCCUAGAGCAGCCACUGUCAAAGCUAUUACGUCUGGCACGCUUUGGGCCAUGGAUAGACAAACUUUCCGACGUAUUCUCCUUAAAUCUGCAUACAAAAAGCGUAAAAUGUAUGAGAAUCUUAUUAAUAAAGUGCCGAUGUUAAAGUCUCUGGAAUCUUACGAGCGGAUGAAUUUAGCGGAUGCCCUUGUACCGAAACAGUAUUCUGAUGGCGAGCAAAUAAUCAGGCAGGGUGAUACCGCAGAUGGAAUGUAUUUCGUCGAGGAUGGCGUAGUUAGAAUUACUAGACUCGGCGAACACGGUCGUGAAAUUGAGAUUAAUCGUGUUCCGGCUGGCGGUUAUUUAGGCGAGCUGGCACUCGUGACGCAUAAACCACGCGCCGCUUCGGCCUACGCUGUGGGAGACAUCAAACUGGCAUUUUUGGACGUUGAAGCUUUCGAACGUUUACUUGGCCCGUGUAUGGAACUUAUGAAACGUAAUAUCGACGAUUAUGAAGAACAACUAGUCAAAAUUUUUGGCAGCAAAACCAACAUCUCUGACAUUCGAUGAACUGUUUCUGGGCAGAGCCAUGUCGCCAUACUGCUGUACUAAAGGACGCGACCCUUUCGUACAGCAUAUAAUAUAUAACAAGCACAAAAGAACUUGUACCACCUACUUCUGAAUCUCAUCCCGCAUGUUUCGGGUAUCAUUUCGGAGUAAACUAUUUCGUAUGACUGUUCACCUAGACGUAUACCGAUUAAGAUUCAUCGAUAAUAGUUACCAAGUUUAUACUUACGACACACAUUGAACAAAGCUGUAGGCUGCUCGAUUAUAUGCGCGUGUUUAACGUAGCAACACGGUAUUAAUGACUAUUCUCUAAGACUGUAUUGGAUCAAAAAGAGAGUAUUAGUGCAUUCUGUUACGCUCGAUCGUUUGCGAAAUAAAUAUCUUUAUUUAUUAUUACCCCCCAGUGAAAGACCGCAAUAUAAUAUUUUGAGGUCUAGGAACAAGCAUUAUUAUAGUAUUUAACUUAUCCCCAGAAUGACUCAAGUUUAUCUCAGUGUAUUCAAUCUAUAUGCUCAUACACAUAAUUCGUGCAUUAUCCAUUUUUAAACAAAUCAGUGACUAUUUAUAAAACAUAGAAAUCUAAAAUAUUCGAAAUCGAAUGCUCUUCUAACGCUACUCUCUGGCAAAAAAAAAGAUAGAUUAUAAAAGAAAUGAACCAUAUUAG